AUGUCAACUAGAACGUUUUUGAUCACUGCAGGAGUGCUGGGUGGUGGUUACUACCUCUACUCUUCAAGACUCGAUGCUGCACAGCAUCCACAACCGAUCCCACCUCGUAGAACUGUUGGUGAAGGACCGGCGCAGUACGCUGGUCGUCAAAUCGACGAGUCCGUUGGCAAGGUGCAUGAUAAGGCUUACGACAUUCAAAGGGAUGCCACCAGAAAGAUCGACAGCACGCUCAGCUCUGUUGAGCAACAAAAGGCCAACGUUGCUUCGUGGGCUGCUGACAAAGCAGAUUCCGCAAAGCAGGCUCUUGAUGAUGAGGCCAGAGCGGCUCAGCAACAUGCUAAGCAGCUGGAUUCAUCCACUCCCCGUGUUAAGGGAAGAUUGGAGAGAUUCGAAGAUGGUGUGAAGGAAGAGUGGAGAGAAGUUAAGGAGAUGAAGGGAAGCUGGUUCAAGAGUGAUGACUCUGCCAGAGAGGAGAAGCUCGCCGAUAAGACCAGAAGGGGUUUGGAAGGUUGGGGUGAAACUGCUGCCCAAAGUGCUUCCGAGUACUAUGACUCUGUUGUCACUAGUGCAAACAAGCUCGUUGGUAACACCACCCCAGAGACAGUCUAUAACGAUGCAAAGAAGGCACUGGAUGAUGCCUCCAAGCGUGUUGAUGAGACCAAGUCCUCAUGGUUGUCAUUCAACGUGGAUGACGAGAAGAAGAAGUUGCAAGCUGAAGCUCAGAGACAAUAUGACGAGGCCCAGAAGAAGUUUGACGAGGCGUCUGCCAAAUUUGAGCAGUGGAAGAGCUCUGCCUCUGCAAAAUUGAAUCAAAAGACAUAUCGCCAAAGCGAAGGCUUCUACGACUGGCUCCGUGGAGGUGUUCCACACGAAGAGGAAGCCGCAGCCCGUGCUGCUCGUGAUGCUGUCCGUGGUUGGGGUAAUACUGCUGGUGAAGCUGCAGAAGAGGUCUAUGGUGACACAAGAGACACCCGUAGGGAGAUUCAGGGUAAGACUGCUGACUUGAAAAAGCAAGCAAAAGACACAUACGAGAGAUGGAACAAGUGGUUCACGAGAAAGUAUGACGACACCGCAGACGGUGCCCGUGACUACUACAACGAUGCCAAUGAUGCCCUUGAAGAUGCAAAGAAAGAGCUGAGUGCCAACUCAAAGCACUGGUGGGAAGUUUGGAAGUCAACAUCGAAGGAGCUUGAACAAGAAGCCCAGAAGCACGUUGACGAUGCCCAGAGACGUGUUGAUGAUGCCCAGAGAGGAUUAGCGAAGUGGGGCGACAGCGUGAAUAAGAGCUUCUGGUCCAAUGCUGACAGUGCUGUCGGCCAUGUUAAGAGUGGAUUGCAAACUACCAAUGACAAGACCCAGCAGGGACUCAGCGAGGCCAGAGGCUGGAUCAGAGAUCAAAAGUGA